AUGUCUCAAGGAACACUUUACGGAAACUUUCGUGUUAGAACCUGGGUUCCCCAGGGUAUCAUCAAGCAGUUUGGCCUAGAUGUCAAAAUUGUUGCGCCUGAAGACCAGCCUGAGCAAUUUGCUCUUGAAUUUCCAUUAGGGAAGGUCCCUGGCUUGGUUUUAGCCGACGGCUCUAAACUAACAGAAGCCCUGGCCAUCCUAUACUACUUGCUGGAACUUGCACCUAGCUCUCAACAAAAAAUCAUGCUGGUGGGCUCUACCAUCGAAGAAAAGGCUCAAGUUCUCAGGUGGUUGUCCUUCGCCAAUAGCGAUCUUCUCGUUCCAUUGGCAGGGAUUUUUGGUGCUUUACUGGGCAGCAAGCCAUAUUACAAGCCCGCGGUUGAUGCUGCAACCGCAAAAGUGGAUUCUGUUGUGGAAAUUUUCGAAGAAAGACUCACGCACUACACUUAUUUAGCCACCGAAGAAGUGUCAUUGGCGGACUUGUUCGCCGUUGGUACCUUUUGUCGUGGUUUCCAGUAUGUUUUCGGUACUAAGUGGCGUAAGGCACAUCCUGGGAUUGUGAGAUGGUUCGAUACGAUCAAGGAGUCUCCAUAUGUUAAGGAAUUCUUUGCGGGUGUCAAGUUUUGCGACACACCCUUGCAGCCUCCACAAAACUCUAAGAAGAAGGAAGCCAAGAAGGACACUAAGAAGGACUCAAAGGCUAAAGCUCCUGCUCAAAAAGCUGAAAUCGCCAAAAGUUCUGCUGACACCACUGACCCUGCUGCAACUCCCAAGAAACCAAAACAUCCUUUGGAGCUUCUAGGCAACCCAAGUUUCGCUUUGGAUGAGUGGAAGCGUAAGUAUUCUAACGAUGAUACGAGACCUGUCGCUUUGCCAUGGUUUUGGGAGCACUUUAAACCUGAAGAAUACUCGAUAUGGAAGGUGGACUUUAAGUAUAACGACGAGUUGACUUUGACAUUUAUGUCCAACAACCAAAUUGGAGGUUUCUUCAACAGGUUGAGCGGCUCCGUCAAGUACAUGUUUGGCUGCCUAGUUGUUUACGGCGAAAACAACAACAACGGUAUUACAGGUGCCAUCAUGCUAAGGGGCCAGGACUAUGUUCCAGCUUUCGAUGUGGCUCCAGACUGGGAAUCUUAUAGCUACACCAAGCUUGACACCUCGAAACCAGAAGACAAGGAAUUCAUUAACAACAUGUGGGCCUGGGACAAGCCUGUUCUCGAGGAUGGUAGAGAAAGAGAGAUUGCCGACGGAAAGGUUCUCAAAUAA